AUGCUCCGCACGCCACCACCCCCGGCAGAGAACCUCAUCUUAAGCUUCCCAUCGCUCCAUAUCCUUGUGGUGACGAUCAAUCGCCCGCAGGCAAUGAACUGCGUAGACACCCAAACCCACAACGAGAUGUCACGGGUAUGGCCCUGGUACGACGAUGAACCAUCACUCCGCUGCGCAGUGGUCACUGGAAAUCCCCAAGGCAAGAGGAAAGCUUUCUGCGCAGGUCAGGACUUGAAAGAAUGGAACGACGCUCAAUCCGGCGGCGCUGACCCCAUCGUCGCCCACCCGCAAGGCGGCUUUGGCGGCCUCUCCCGGCGCAGCGGGAAAAAGCCCGUGAUAGCCGCUGUCGACGGGCUUGCACUCGGCGGGGGAAUGGAGAUGCUGGCCAACAUGGAUAUGGUCGUUGCCUCAGCGAGCAGUAUGCUGGGGCUUCCAGAGGUUAAGCGUGGGGUGGCGGCAUUUGCCGGUGUGUUGCCGCGGUUGACGAUGAGUGUGGGAUUGCAGCGUGCGAGCGAGCUCGCCUUGACUGGGAGGAUGUUGAGUGCAAGUGAGGCGAGGGGGUGGGGGUUGGUUAAUAGGGUUGUUGGGGAUGGGGAGGCGCUCGUGGUAGCUGUGGCGGUUGCGAAGGAGAUUGCAGGGAACUCGCCAGACAGUGUUAUUGUGAGUCGGGCAGGGGUGAGGAGUGCUUGGGAGGGGAGAAGCGUGGAGGAGGCGACGAGGGAUGUUAGGGAAGGGGUGGGGAUGGGGCUACAGACUGGGGAGAAUAUUAGGGAGGGGCUGAGGGCUUUCGUGGAGAAGAGGGAGCCGAAGUGGGCGGAUUCUAAAUUGUAG